GCAGGAGGUUCGUUCGGGUUGUUUUCUGCUCCGGGGAGGAGCAGGAGGAACAUGGAGCGCCUCCGCGGCUCUCCGGAGCGCAGCAGGCGGUUCCAGCAGCGGGAGCUUCCGGCUGCUGAUGUGCAACUCUGCGAGCGGACCGAGCUUUAGCGAACCGAACCGAGCCGGCUUUCCCUGCGUCGCAGUAAAGGACGGGGAGGAGGAGGAGGAGGAAGAGGAGGAGGAGGCAUCUAUGCAAUUUUAUUUUGACUUUGCAUUUUAUUAUGAGCGCAGAGGAGGGAGAUGCGGGACCGGCGGCGGGAGCUCCGGCCGCCACGCAGCGCCUCACCUGGGAGGAGAGCGACCCGCUCCGCUCCCAAGGACGUCCGCAGCCCGACGGCGAGGAGGAGCCGCAGCCGAGAGAGGAGGAGGAGGAGGAGGAGGAAGAGGAGGAAGAGGGCCGCGCGCGUGCGGCUGACGCUGAGAAAAUAAGCGGGGAGGAAAACGGGGGCAACACUUCCAGCGAGGAGGGGGCGGUGGGGGGCAGAUGUGGCAAAACGCAGGAAAUGCCGUCAACCUGCAGCAGCGAGACGUGCAUCCCGACCCCGAGCUGCAGGAUCUGCUUCCAGGGAGCGGAACAGGGUGACCUGUUGAACCCGUGCCGCUGUGACGGCUCGGUCCGGUACACCCAUCAGCAGUGUCUGCUGAAGUGGAUCAGUGAGCGCGGCUGCUGGACCUGUGAGCUCUGCUGCUAUCGCUUCCAGGUCAUCGCCAUCAACAUGAAGAGACCGUGGCAGUGGCAGCCCAUCACCAUCACGCUGGUGGAGAAGGUGCAGAUCAUCGCCGUGUUCCUGGGCUCGCUCUUCCUGGUGGCCAGCAUCUCCUGGCUGCUCUGGUCGGCUCUCAGCCCGCAGGCCGUCUGGCAGCGCAGAGACGUCCUCUUCCAGAUCUGCUACGGCAUGUACGGCUUCAUGGACCUGGUCUGCGUAGGCCUUAUUGUCCACGAGGGGGCAGCAGUGUACAACGUGUUCCUGCGCUGGCGCGCCGUGAAUCUCCACUGGGACGUCCAGAGUUACGACAAGGCCAAGGACCUGGAGGAGACGAGCACCGGCCCCUCCUCGCUGGGCCCCAGGACGCUCUGGUUGCCGCUGGAAACCUUCGGGCCCAGCGGGCCGCUGCACGCCACGCAGCUGGGGUCCCGGCCCUGGACCUGCCCCUGGACCUGCCCCUGGACCUGCCUCUGCCUCUGCCUGGCCCCGUUCUGCCCCGGACUGCUGCCCGGACACAGCCGGAGCCAGGACGCGGACUCGGGGGAGGUGGUCAUCCGCGUGACGUCGGUCUGAGCCUCGACAGGUGAAACUUUACCUGACCGUUCAUCCGCGUGACGUCAGCCUGGGCCUUGGCAGGUCUUGAAGCUUUAGUCUGAACGUUCCUGCAUUUAUUGGUUGCUGCUUUCCCGGUAUUGACGGUAUUUCCGGUGUUCCCGGUAUUUCCGGUGAUGCCGGUAUUUCCGGUGCUGCCGGUAUUUCCGGGUUGUCGGGGCCGGUCCCCAAGCCAAGCUCAGCCAGAUAAAAAUGGACGUGUUCGGUUGGCACUGUGACGUAAUCCUGACAUCCAUCUUGAACAUCGUAGCAUAAAGACCGAACUGUUGCGUUACAUCCGGGUUCUCUGGUUUCGGUUUCUUUGAGGACCGGAACCAGAGCUGGCUCUUUAGGAUUUAAAGGAAAACCAUAAAAAGGUUAUAAAGUUUCGUGCCAAGUCGUUUUGUCGGGAAUUUGUUGGCUGUUUCAAACUCUCUGACGCAGAAUGACGUCACAAACUAAUUUCUUCUUCUCUGAGGAAACAACUUCCUGUUUUGGUUCUUGGGUUUCACC